UCCAGCUUUUCCAAUGCGUUAAAUUUUAUUUGCUCAAGAUCACUUAACCUAAUUACUGCGCUGUGCAGAGAUCAUUGUCUAAAAUACUAGAAUCUAUAGCUGAAAGUGCGAAUGACACCGAAUCUGAAAGUAAGUCCGGAAGCAAAAGGAAAGGAAAGCGAAAACUUGAGGGCAAUGAGGCUGGAUCCAGUCAGAAAGAAUUGAAAGAGCAGACACGAUUGGAAAAGAAGCGGGAACGAGAAAUGGCGAAAGCACAAAAGGAAGCGGAAAAGAGGAAACUCAAGGAAUUGAAACAGGCAAAUGCUCUUCGCAGUGCGUCAAAGGACACUCUCCAUGACACCAUUCUAUGCCUAGAAAAAACACUCUAUGGUUCUGAACUUGGAGAGGCUAUCAAAUCUCAAUUCAUAGGAAAAGCAGCUGAAAUUGUUGAGAUAGAGGAUGACGUUCAAUAUACCAUACGAUGGCAAACGAAGACCAAAGCAGAAUGGGAUAGUCUUUCUCAAAGUUUUAUACCUUUUGAAAACAAAAAGACCACUAUUGUCAAGAACAGACAUGUGGCUUUGUGGAUGAACAUGCAGCGAUUCACAAUUAUGAUUCAAAACGAAGACCUCAUCCCAACCUUGGCUGGAAUUAAGGCACAGCAAGCUGGCUCUCAAGUUGUGCUGAUUGUAGAAGGUUUACAAAAAUACUAUAGAGAUCAAAAGAACCAUCGAUCAAGAGCGUUCCAGAACUCAGUACUGAAAGGUAUAGCUGAAGAAUUUGGAGAGCAACGCAGUAGACCCGCCACCUCGAAGAAGCCACGCACCUCUAAAACCGAUUGGAUUGCGGAUGGGCCCGAUAAAAAUACCAUAGAAGAUAUCAUGCUCUCACUUCAACUGAGCGAGAAAAUCAUGAUUGUACAUACUGCUAAUAUUACAGAGACUGCUUCAUGGAUAGCGUCGUUUUCAGCUACUAUGGCGACAACUAAUGCAUCGUCAGAAUUACUGGAUUUUUACAUGGACGUUCGGGCUAAGUCAGGGAUUGAUUCAACGGACACAUGGCUAAAGAUGCUUCAAAAUAUUCAAAAGUGCACUGACGCCGUUGCCAAAGCCAUUGUACAAGAAUACCCCACCGUGUACUCACUUUAUGACGCCUACACGAAAACUCAAUCGGUUGAAGAGGCUGAGAUGCUCUUGGCUGAUAUCGAGGUACAACGGUCAGUCAUUACCAAUCGGGAUCGUUUCGUGAACAAAGCCAUGUCCAAAAAGAUUUACAGCAUCCUCAUGUCGGACGACAAUAAACUGGUGAUAUCAUGAGCCGCGAAUUCAUCGGCGAAAAAAAUUCCUUGUCAUCCUCGCCGAGCCCAUCCAUGUGUAAAUACAACCAAGUUCCACAAGACCGAUAUGUACAUUCUCCUAAUUCAUAAUGAACGCGUAAAGUAAUGAAAAAUAUUUGUUUCCCUAACAUAUUCAAUGACUAAAC